UUGAAAAUAAAGAGAAAGGUGACAGACAGCAUAUUGCCAUCUUCCCAUUCACUCCAAAAAAACACACAACACACACUGACUUACUGCUAACCACUCCAUCAGUACUACUGCUGCAACCCCACGAUACAAAUCACAGCUUUAUCACCCAUUUCCCACACUGAUCUCUCCCUCCCACCUUUUACUAUCAUUCACCAUAGCAUUCACUCUAUCAACAUAUAUUCAACCCCAUCCCCACCAUUCUUGACUUUUACUGCACAACGAAUCAAUCCUUCUAACAUUCGUCCAUGGCAAGAAAACCUGAGCAGUAAAAAACACUCAACAAAAUCAAGAAAAGGAAAUGGACUUGGAUAGACCCCAUUUCCGCACUACAAGCACAGGUAGCAGCAGCACUACAACUGCUGCCGCCACCACAAGUGAGCUUUUCAUUUGUUUCGCUUCUCGCCUCUCCUCUUCCUCUUCUAUGAAACUCUCUAAAUCAAUCCUCAGCCCUGGCCGCGCCGCCCGCGACACCGGCCCUGUCUCUCUCUCUUCCUCCCUCAGCCGCCGCCUCCGCACCAAUGGCAGCCUCAAAGGGGGAGCAUCUCCCUUUUUCACCACCACUGGCAAGAAAAGAGGCUGCGCUUUCGAAAACCCGGAGCCCUCUUCCCCUAAAGUUACUUGCAUUGGGCAGGUUAGAGUUAAGACCAAGAAAAAAGUGAAGCAGAGUCGGAGUCUUUCCAAAAGGCGGAGCGGGGAGGUGAGUUUUAGAAAGAUAGAGCAAGCUUGUGGUGAUGGAGGGCACCAGAGUGAGGAUAAAGUUUGUCCUCAGCAGCAGAGGUAUUCGAACGCCAGUGCACAUUAUCAGCAGCAGCAACAGCCGCAAGAAUGUUUGCCACACAGGAACCAGAGAUGGGUUCAUUUGCCAAUCUCAAUUUGUGAGGCUUUGAGGUCAUUUGGGGCUGAAUUUAGCUGCUUGUUCCCGUGUAAAAGUUCUUGUUUUUCAACUGGUGAAGGGGAGAAGGCUGAGAAGCAGAAUGGAACGACGAGAAAUGAGAAUGGAUGCGGGGCCGUGUUCGCAAGGUGGCUGGUGUCAGUGAAUGACGGUGAAGGAGGAAAGAGGAGGGAGAUUGAGCUGGUGGUUGGCGGCGGAGAUGAGGAGGAGAGGGGGGAGAGAAUGUCGAUGAGGAGUUCAAGAAGGCACGUUUUCGAGGAUAUUGAGGUUAAGGAUGAUAGGAUUGAAGUGAAGGGGCAGAGUGUUGGGGGAGAAGAGGAAGCAGCGAGAGUGAGCAUUUGCAUACCACCCAAAAACGCUCUUUUGCUAAUGAGGUGCAGAUCUGAUCCGAUGAAAAUGGCUACUCUUGCCAAUCGGUUUAGCUGGGAUGCUGAUGCUGCCCCUAGAAAUGAAAAUGAGGAUAUUGAAGAAGAAGAAAACGAGGUUUCUGAAGAAGAAGUCGAAGUACAACCAUGUGAAGGUAGUAAAGAUGAAGUCUUUGAGCAAGAAGUUGAUAUUUCAGUAGAAGCUAAUGAAGAACAAGAGACACCAGCAGAAGCCAACUUGGAAAUGGAAGUAGGAGACCUUGGCCAUGGUGAGGAAACUCAGGAAGAGGAAGUAGUAGUCAUUAGCACUGAUGAUAUGGUUGGAGGAAAAGAACAAGAGGAGCUACAGCAAGAAAUUCUGGGCAAUGAAGAAGAAGCGGUUGUAGAAUCUGAAGAAGAAGAAGAAGAAGAAGAAGAAGAAAAAGAAGAGGUUGAGUCCAAUAUGUCCUCAUUUGAAGCUCUUUUAGACCAAGAAAAUGUAGAGCAUUAUGAAGAUUGCCCCAUUGAAGAUGAGGAAGAAGUAGAAGACAGCUCAGUUUGUCAUUUAUCUCCAUCAACAGAAUCGGAUGAAGAAGAUACUGAAAGCAACGAAGUACAGCCACUCCUUGAAGAAGUUGCCACGGAUGAAGAAAAACAAGCAACAGAAGAAUCAUACACUGCAGAUAAAGGUACAACCUUUGUAAAUAAUGAGGAAGUAAAUCAGUUGACAGCCCAGCUACAAUCGGAGCCAGAAACAACCCAUCAAGAAGAAGAAGAAGAAGAAGAAGAGGACGAUGAAGAAGAAGAAGAAGAAGAAGAAGAGGAAGAGCUGCAAACUGCAAUACCACCCACAGAAUUGGAAACGGAAAACCCAGCAAAUCAAGAAUUAGUGAUUAGCAAUGAAGAACCCAAGAAAGAAAAAGAAAGCCCUGUAUUGCCAGAAUGCUUGCUGUUAAUGAUGUGCGAGCCCAAGCUUUCCAUGGAGGUCUCCAAGGAAACAUGGGUUUGCAGCACAGACUUCAUCAGGUGGCUGCCGGAACGGCCCCGCAAGCAAACCAAAGCCACCAAAGCAGGCGGCUGCGAUCACGAACCAGUCAAGAGGAGGCUCAGCAUCGACUCCAAGCCUAAGCCCAUUGCUCCCCCGCCGCCCGCUGAGCAUGAGCCGUUCGUGCUGACCAGGUGCAAGUCGGAGCCGAUGAGGACGGCGGCGGCUAAGCUCAUGCCAGAGUCAUGUUUCUGGAAGAACGCCAUUAGGAAGCUGGAGCCACACAGGAGAGCCACGCUGGGAGUCGGCGCGGCAGGAGUGGGAUUCUGAGCCGAGCUGAGCUGGCAAAAAAUAAUGAUGAAGGGGGAAUCUUUAGGGUUUAGAGCGAGAAGUGUAUUGCACAGUACUUUUGCUUCUAAGGCAUGUUUCCUGUCUGUAAAUCCCUUUUUCUUUUUUUGUGGUUAAAUUUAGAUUCGAUAAUACUCUUUUUCUA